UCAAACAGUGAUUGAAGAUUUCAACUUAUACCCGACAUUAUGUUCCCUUUUCCAAUUCUUCAGUUCAUGAAGCUCAUACCAUUUUGGAAGCUUCUUGUAGUGUGCUUUUGUGCAAUGUUAAUGGCCUUUUCUUCUGAUGUUGCUGCUGCUUCAGCCACGUUACAAAGCAGAGAAGCAAAUGCUUUGUUGAAAUGGAAAGCCAGCCUUCACAACCAAACCCAGGCUUUGCUAUCUUCAUGGACGGGCAAUAGUCCUUGCAAUAAUUGGCUCGGAAUUGAGUGUGACGUGUCCAUGUCUGUCGCCAACAUUAAUCUUACAAAUAUUGGAUUAAGAGGUACGCUUCAAUGUCUCAACUUCACUUUACUUCCAAACAUCCUCACUCUAAACAUGAGUCUCAACUCCCUAAAUGGAAGUAUUCCUCCCCAUAUUGGGGUAUUGUCCAAACUCUCCAGUCUUGAUCUCAGUGACAAUCAUCUGACAGGAACAAUUCCAUCUGAAAUAACACAGUUGUCAGGUCUUCGUACUUUAGACUUGGCUAAUAAUGUUUUCAGUGGUUCCAUUCCUCAGGAAAUAGGUGCAUUAAGGAAUUUGAGAGAGCUUAGUAUUGAAUGGGCCAAUCUCACAGGGACUAUCCCAAUUUCUGUAGGAAAGCUAACCUUCUUGUCACGUUUUGAUGUAGGAGGUAACAACCUUUCUGGCAACAUUCCAAAUGAAAUUUGGAAUUUGAGCAACUUAGAGUAUUUAGCGCUUUGCAUAAAUAACUUUAAUUUUUCAAUUCCCCAAGAAAUUGUGAAGUUGCAAAAGCUGGAGAGUCUACUUCUUUCGGAAAGUGGUCUUACCGGUCCCAUCCCUGAAGAACUGUGGAAGUUGGGAAAUCUAACAUUGCUUCAGGUAGCAAGUUGCAACAUCACAGGGUCUAUCCCAAUUUCAAUAGAAAAUUUGGCCAAACUCUCAUAUCUUGAUCUCAGUCACAAUCAUCUCACAGGAACAAUUCCAUCUGAAAUAACACAGUUGUCAGGUCUUCGUACUUUAGAUUUGGCUGGUAACGUUUUCAGUGGUUCCAUUCCUCAGGAAAUAGGUGCAUUAAGGAAUUUGAGAGAGCUUAGCAUUGAAUGGGCCAAUCUCACAGGGACUAUACCAAUUUCCGUAGGGAAGCUUGCUUUCUUGUCACGUUUUGAUGUAGGAGGUAACAACCUUUAUGACAACAUUCCAAAUGAAAUUGGGAAUUUGACCAACUUAGAGUAUUUAGCGCUUUGCAUAAAUAACUUUAAUGGUUCCAUUCCUCAAGAAAUUGGGAAGUUGCAAAAGCUAGAGAGUCUACUUCUUUCGGAAAGUGGUCUUACCGGUCCCAUCCCCGAAGAACUGUGGAAGUUGGGAAAUCUAACAUUGCUUCAGUUAGAAAGUUUCAACAUCACAGGCCCUAUCCCAAUUUCUAUAGUAAAUUUGACCAAAAUGUCAAUUCUAGAUUUUGGAAACAACAAACUUUCUGGCUACAUUCCUCAAGAAAUUGGAAUGAUGAAAAAUAUGUCUGAACUUGAUUUGUCCAAUAACUAUCUCUUUGGUGCAAUACCCUCCACAAUUGGAAACUUGAGCAAUUUACAGUGGCUUUACCUUUAUUCCAACUAUCUCUCUGGUCGCAUUCCCGAUGAAGUUGGAAAACUCUAUUCUCUUUCCACAAUCCAAUUGUUAAAUAACAGCCUCUCCGGGCCAAUCCCAUCUUCCAUAGGUAACUUGCUCAAUUUGGUUUCCAUCCGCCUUGAUGGAAAUAAACUCUCUGGUCCAAUUCCUUCCACCAUUGGAAACUUGACAAAGGUCACUAUACUAAAUUUAUUCUCAAAUGAACUCAGUGGCAACAUUCCAAUUGAAAUGAACAGGCUUACUAAUUUGGAAAAAUUGCAAAUAGAUAAUAAUAACUUUAUGGGUCAUUUGCCUCACAACAUUUGUGUUAGUGGAAAGUUGACAAACUUUACUGCUUUCAAUAACCAUUUUACUGGCCCCGUUCCAAAGAGUUUGAAGAAUUGCUCAAGCCUUAUAAGACUUCGGCUGCAACUAAACCAACUGACUGGAAAUAUAACAGAUGAUUUUGGUGUAUAUCCAAAGUUGGACUACAUCGAAUUGAGUGACAAUAAUUUUUACGGUCACAUUUCGCCAAAUUGGGGAAAGUGCUACAGCCUCCAAAGCCUCAAGAUCUCCAACAAUAAUUUAUCUGGUGUCAUACCACCAGAACUAGGCGAGGCAAUCAAAUUACAUGUACUUGACUUAUCUUCAAACCAUCUCACUGGAAAAAUUCCAAACGAGUUAGAUACUUUGACUUCACUGAUCAAACUCUUGAUAAGCAACAAUCAUCUUUCAGGAAAUAUCCUUGUACAAAUAGCCUCAUUGCAGGAACUUGAUACCUUGGAGCUUGCAGCAAAUAGUUUUAGUGGAUUAAUCACUGAACAACUUGCAAGGUUGCCUAAGUUAUUGAACUUGAAUUUGAGCCAAAAUAAAUUUAAGGGAAAUAUUCCUCUUGAGUUUGCCCAUUUCAAAGUUCUUCGAAGUCUUGAUCUUAGCAGAAAUUUUUUGGGCGGGACAAUACCUUCCAUGCUUGGAGAUCUUAUAUACUUAGAAAUAUUGAAUCUCUCACAUAAUAAUCUUUUUGGUAUCAUUCCCUCCAGCUUUGAAGGUAUGUUAAGCUUGACAAUUAUUGAUAUAUCAUACAACCAAUUAGAGGGUCCACUUCCAAAUGCUCAAGCAUUUCAUAAGGCUACAAUUGAAGCUUUCAUAAAUAAUAAAGGCUUGUGUGGUAAUGUCUCUGGCUUAAAACCUUGUCCUUCAUCAAGUGGCAUAUCUCAUCAUCAUAAGACCAACAUGGUUAUAUUGGUGGUUUUACCCCUUACUUUGGGCAUUAUACUUCUAGUACUAUUUGUUAUCGGGGUGUCUUAUCAUCUCUGUCAUUCUUCAAGCUCAAAAGAAAACCAAGAUGAAGAAUCUCAAGCUCAAAAUCUAUUUGCAAUAUGGAGUUUUGAUGGAAAAAUGGUGUAUGAGAAUAUUAUUGAAGCCACAGAAGAGUUUGACAACAAACAUCUUAUUGGGGUUGGAGGGCAUGCAAGUGUUUACAAAGCAGAGUUGCCCACAGGUGAAGUUGUUGCUGUGAAGAAACUCCAUUCAGCACCAAAUAAAGAAAUCUCCAAUCCAAAAGCUUUCACUAGUGAGAUCCAAGCUUUGACAGAAAUUCGACAUCGUAACAUUGUCAAGUUAUAUGGGUUUUGUUCUCAUUCACGACACUCAUUUCUGGUUUAUGAGUUCUUGGAGAAGGGUAGUGUGGGGAUGAUUUUGAAAAAUGAUAAACAAGCAACUGAAUUUGAUUGGGAUAGGAGGGUGAAUGUAGUUAAAGGCGUAGCUAAUGCUUUAUGCUAUAUGCACCAUGAUUGCUCGCCUCCAAUUGUCCAUCGAGAUAUAUCAAGCAAGAAUGUUCUUUUGGAUUUGGAAUAUGUGGCUCAUGUCUCUGACUUCGGAACUGCUAGGCUCCUCAAUCCUAAUUCAAGCAACUGGACCUCAUUUGCAGGAACCUUUGGAUAUGCUGCUCCAGAACUUGCGUACACAAUGGAAAUAAAUGAGAAGUGUGAUGUGUAUAGUUUUGGAGUAUUAGCAUUGGAAAUACUUUUUGGAAAGCACCCCGGUGAUGUUAUGUCUUCUUCAUGGAUUGUUAUGGCCUCAACAUUUGAUAAUAUGUUGUUGAUGGAUAAGUUGGACCAACGUCUCCCUCAUCCUGUGAAGGAUGUAUUAUCAAUUGCAAGGAUAGCAAUUGCUUGCUUGAGUGAAAGCUCAGGCUCUCGCCCUACCAUGAAGCAGGUUGUUAAGGAGCUUGCAUUGUCAGACUGAUCUUCAAUGGAAGAGUUUCAGAUUGCCACAUAAAUAUAACCGAAAGUUUGUAGUUACCAAAUUUGCCUUAACUACUUCACUUGUGCUUGUCUAUUGUGUUGUAAACUUUUUUUUUUCUUUCACCUAUUUUGUAUUGUAAGUCAUUUUAAUUUUUCUAUUUUGCGACGGAAUUUUUCCCUCGCUGAUUGUGAAUUUUCUAGUAGUGCAAAUUGUGUACUCAAAUAAUAAGUAACUAUCAUUCGAAGUACACUCU